CUAUUGAGGAUUGUUCACAGUCAUGUCAGACGCUUUGUCCUUCAUGGAGGAGGACUUGACAUGCAUCAUCUGUUGUGAUGUCUUCACUGAUCCGGUAACUCUGAAAUGUAGCCACAGUUUGUGCUCUGAAUGCCUCCAGCGUUUCUGGACGACUCAAGAAGAGCCGCAGUGUCCGGUCUGCCGUAAGAAAUGCUCAAGCGACGAACCCACCAAGAGCCUGGCAUUCAGAGCGCUCUGUGAAACCUUCAAGACGAGAAAACCCACAGCUGUUUCAGGAGACGUUUGUCCGCUGCAUCAAGAGACACUCAAACUCUUCUGCUUUGAUGACAAGAAGCCCAUCUGUGUGGUGUGUUACACUUCAAAGAAGCAUGAAAAUCACAAGUGUUCUCCUGUCAAAGAGGCUGCUGGGAAUUUAAAGGAGCAAGUAAAAGAAAAAAUGGGCAGACUUGAGGUGACCCUCGCUGACUUUAAGAAAGCCCAUGAGAGCUGUGUGGAAGAGGCUGAGCUCAUUAAGGAACACACCAGUGUAGAAGAAAGCAAGAUCAAGAAGGAAUUUGAGAAGCUCUAUCGGUUUCUUAGAGAGGAGGAAGAGAAACGGAUUGGAGCGUUGCGUAAAGAAAUGCAAAAUCGAGAUGAGAAACUCAAGGCCAGAAUGGAGGAUCUGUCCGCACAGAUGUCAGAUCUGUCUGAGAGGACGGCAACUCUCUGGAAGCACUUGGAAGCUGAAAACAUCACUUUUCUCCAGAAUUACAGGGAUGCAUUGAAAAAAUUCAAACACCCAUCAUCACCAGACUUGACCCCUGAAAUGGAGGAAUUUCAACACCAUCCCAUUCAGACACUGAUCUUCACCACCUGGGCCAGAAUGCAGAACCUUGUGGAACAGCCUCCUGUGACUCUGGACCCAGACACAGCAUCAGAUAAACUGAGGGUGUCACAGGAUUGCACCAGUGUUCAGUACAUGCAAAAUAAAAUUAAAGUGUCUGAUAUCCCAGAGAGGCUGUAUGUGGGAGUGUUGGCCUCAGAGGGCUUUAGCUCGGGUCUGCACUGCUGGGACGUGGAGGUGGGAGACAACGACCACUGGACACUGGGAGUGGUGGGGGAAACAGUGAACCGCAAAAAACUUUACAAAAUGGAUCCAAUGAGGCGUUUUUGGUGUUUCCGUUACGUGGAUGGGAGAUACAAGAAAGGUCAUAAACCUGCCAGAGAUAUUGAUGAUGAUGAUGAUGAUGAUGAGAGGCCGAGUAUCAUCCGACUGCAGCUGGACUUUUACAAAGGACAGCUGAGAUUCAUUGAUCCCUUCAGAAACCGAAUUUUGUGCUCCUACGAAGGUGGAUUUCCAGAGAGGGUGUUCCCAUAUUUCUGCACUGGAGACUUGAGCACGCCACUUAAUGUUUUUCCAGCAAAUCAACAACAACAGUGAACCACAACUAA